AUGAGUUACAACAAUGUAAUUAAUCCGAUGUAUCUCAUCCAUGGUACUGCUGAUGUUCAAUUAGAUUAUCUAAGAUCAAUUUUAGAUAAUAAUAUCCUUGCUUUGUUAAAGAUGGUUAUACCAGACUGGUUACAAACUGAUGUUGCAAUCAAGCUCAACCCUCAAACCGAUAUCACCGAGUGUCGUGAAGCUAUCACCGAGUUGGUUCUUUUCAAUACUGAUAAGUUUUCUAGAAGAAGAUCUUCCGAUUCGGCAUCGAAUACUGAUGAGAAGUUUCCAAUGAAAAAUAAUCAUGCUGUUCCAAAUCAUAACUCUCAAAGCAGGAAUCACUUAGAGCUGAAAUAUAACCAAAGAAACAGUUACAUUGUUUAUCGUCAUAGCAAAGGCUAUUGUCUCAAUUGUAGUCGUUCAAAUUACUCUACAUCUUUAUGUAAUGCCGAUACUGUCAAGGUCAAAGUCAAUCCAUCAAGUCCAUAA